CUCACAAGCCUCGACUUCUCAACGAACAAGCUCACUGAUCAGCUUAGUGUAAGCAACCAUGGCGGACCCUACAAAGGCGGAAUCAGAGCAGAUCUUCAAAGUGCUCAGAUUGCAGAAAGGCAACAAGAUGUGCUUUGAUUGUCAGGCUCGGAAUCCGACCUGGUCUAGUGUGACAUUUGGGGUUUAUAUCUGCCUAGACUGCUCUAGCGUUCAUCGGAACAUGGGCGUUCACAUAACUUUUGUCCGAUCUACGAAUCUCGACAGCUGGCAGCUAAACCAGCUUCGUACCAUGAAAGUCGGCGGCAACACGUCAGCGACCGAGUUUUUCACGCGACAUGGCGCUACGGCCCUUCUCAAUGAUUCAGACACUAAGAAGAAGUACUCGUCUCGUGCUGCUGAGCUAUACAAGGAAGAACUUGCGAGACGAGUGAAGGAAGAUAUCGCAAAAUUCCCUACACGUAUCGUGGUUGAUGGUGUCGAUGCCUCUCCUGCGAGUGCUGAAGCUGCGCCGGCAGAGGAGGAUUUCUUCUCUUCAUGGGAAAAACCCGCUACCUCCAAAACACCUUCUUCAGCUCCCAUAGCUCCCCCUAUGAUUGGGCGGCUAGCAUCGACCGGCUCGACCGUCUCUCGAACAGCCACGUCUAGUUCUAUACGAUCGAACUCUAGCACCUCUACAAAUGGCGCCGCUAAGCUCGGCGCAACGCGUUUAACAUCAUCCACUUCUGCGAUCGGUUCAUCGGCGACCGCUACAUCCCAGAAGAAAUCCAAGCUUGGUGGCCUCGGUGCAAAGAAAGCAGCCGCGCCUAUAGAUUUCGCAGAAGCGGAGCGUAAAGCUGCAGAGGAAUCUGAGCGUAUCAAACAACUUGGAUAUGACAGACAACGUGAGGAGGAGGAAGAGCGCGCGCAGAAAGAGGCAGAAAAGGUGGCUGCAUCACAGGCGAAGGUCAAGGCUGCCGAUAAUACCAUCCAAGCGAGCACGAUGCCGGGCAAAGUUGACUUGCAGAAGGGCAACAGCCAAGAUCUUGAGAGGCUGGGUAUGGGCUUCCGCAAGCUUGGCUUUGGUGGAGUUCCAACUGCAUCACCUUCAUCCACUGCGCGAUCAAGUCCUGCUAAUGAUGACGCACCAACCACUGCACGAGACAAGUUUGGGAGCCAAAAAGCUAUCUCCUCCGACAUGUACUUCGGCCGAAAGGAUUACGACCCUACUUUUGUCUCCGAGUCUCAAUCUCGUUUACAAAACUUCCAAGGCGCCACAUCUAUCUCCUCUAACCAAUACUUUGGCCGCGAAGAAGAAGAUGAGUUCGAGCGUGCUAGUUCAGAUGGCGGGUUGUUGGGCGAUGGCAGUCUCUCGAAUCUCGAAGUUGCUGCGAGAGAUGCCAUAUCAAGAGUCAUGGCGAAUCCUGAUGUCCAGAACGUCGGGGAGAGCAUUCGGACCGGUGCAUUGAAACUUUCGGAUUAUCUGGCGCAGAUGUCUCAGCAUUAAGUUGGGCGAUGUGCCAUAUACCCUCUCCGAUACAUCUCGGGUUCUUUUGUUAUCUUUUCAUACACGCGCUUGUAGUUACUUUUGGGAAUGGGCUACCAGAAUUGUGUGGUCAAGUUUCAUAAGCCACGUGGUUUUCAGCGGUGUUGUUUGGCAAGAGCCUCUG